CCUCCCCUUAUCCCAAACGGGGCAAUUCCUUAACUUUUCUCCUCUCUCCCCCCACUCCCAAUCCUAUAGUAGUUGAAUAUUCCAUCCUUGGUGCGCAUACAUUCCUGCCUCUUAAUUCCAACAGCGGGCUGCUCUACGUCAAGGCGCUCCGAUUGUUACAAGUCCCAACUGUGGAGUGCACACCAGGACUUGGUCUUGAUCCAGGUCGACAUUGUUCUGCUCAGCCUGGGUCCAAACGGUGAUCAGAGAGUCUGAGAAGGAACUUUAAAGGGCUUGUGUUUCAUUCGGUGGGAUCGCCGGCCGGACCAAUGGGAUCAGGGAAGCUGGCCCAGGUGCUGCUGGGGUGGGUGGCGAUGUGUCUCGCACCAAUCCAGGUGGCGUACUGUCAGACUGCCAAUGGGAAUGGACCGCUCCAGGCAAGCCGCUUCACAUCCACUUCGGACCAGAGAGAGGCGCAGCGGGUUAGGCGCCGUGGCCCGGAGACACUGAGAGGACCCAACGUGUGUGGUUCUCGCUUCCAUUCUUAUUGCUGCCCCGGCUGGAAGACUUUGCCAGGCGGGAACCAGUGUAUUGUUCCAAUUUGCAGGAACUCCUGUGGUGAUGGCUUCUGUUCCAGACCCAACAUGUGCACCUGUUCAAACGGGCAGCUCUCUUCCAGCUGUGGAGCAGGAGGAGGAGUUCAGUCGUGUAAUAUCAGGUGCAUGAAUGGAGGCAGUUGCGCUGAGGACUCCUGUUCCUGCCCGAAAGGCUUCACGGGAAAUCACUGUGGACAGCCUGUGUGUGAGAACGGCUGCCAGAAUGGUGGACGCUGCAUCGGCCCCAACAGAUGUGCCUGUGUGUAUGGCUUCACUGGUCCACAAUGCGAGAGAGGUGAGCGCUCCUCCUUUACCCAUUUCCUGCUGAUUUAUAAUACAGUGGUACCUUGA